GGGGCCGGGGGAGGAGCCAGGCGCCGUCGGCCGCCGCCGCCGCCGCCGCUGCGCCCCGCUCGGCUCCGCUCGGCUCCGCGCCCCGCUCCGCUCCGCGCCGCUCCGCGCCCCCCGGCCCGCGCCGCCGCCGCCGCCCAGGAGACCCCGCCAGCCGGCACCGCCGCCCGCCCGCGCCCCCCCGGCGCCCCCCGCCGCCGCUGGGCCGCGGGAUGCUGCGCGGAGCCGAGCACUGAGGCGGGCGCCAUGGGGCGCGCGUCGUAGCCCCCGCCGCGGCCCCCGCCGGCGGCGCAGCCCCGCACGGUGCUGGGCGCUCCUUGAUGGACUUGCGGUGAAUGGAACAGAAGCCCAGCACCCUGGACCCGCUGUCGGAGCCAGAGGACACCCGGUGGCUGGAUGGCAAGCGCAAAAGAAAGAGCAGCCAAUGUUUGGUGAAGAGCAGCAUGUCAGGGUACAUCCCUAGUUACCUGGACAAAGAUGAACAGUGCGUGGUGUGCGGGGACAAGGCCACGGGCUACCACUACCGCUGCAUCACCUGCGAGGGCUGCAAGGGCUUUUUCCGGCGGACCAUCCAGAAGAACCUGCACCCCACCUACUCCUGCAAGUACGAUGGCUGCUGCGUCAUCGACAAGAUCACCCGCAACCAGUGCCAGCUCUGCCGCUUCAAGAAGUGCAUCUCCGUGGGCAUGGCCAUGGACCUGGUGCUGGACGACUCGAAGCGCGUAGCCAAGCGGAAGCUGAUCGAGGAGAACCGGGAGCGGCGGCGCAAGGAGGAGAUGAUCAAGUCGCUGCAGCACCGGCCGGAGCCCAGCGCCGAGGAGUGGGAGCUCAUCCACGUGGUGACGGAGGCACACCGCAGCACCAACGCCCAGGGCAGCCACUGGAAGCAGAAGCGGAAAUUCCUGCCCGAGGACAUCGGCCAGUCGCCCAUGGCCUCCAUGCCCGACGGGGACAAAGUCGACCUGGAGGCGUUCAGCGAGUUUACAAAAAUCAUCACCCCGGCCAUCACCCGCGUGGUGGACUUUGCCAAAAAGCUGCCCAUGUUCUCGGAGCUGCCUUGCGAAGACCAGAUCAUCCUGCUGAAGGGCUGCUGCAUGGAGAUCAUGUCGCUGCGGGCGGCCGUGCGCUACGACCCCGAGAGCGAGACGCUGACGCUCAGCGGGGAGAUGGCCGUCAAGCGGGAGCAGCUCAAGAACGGCGGCCUCGGCGUCGUCUCCGACGCCAUCUUCGACCUGGGCAAGUCCCUCUCUGCCUUCAACCUGGACGACACCGAGGUGGCCCUGCUCCAGGCCGUGCUGCUCAUGUCCUCAGACCGCACGGGGCUGAUCUGCGUGGACAAGAUCGAGAAGUGCCAGGAGACCUACCUGCUGGCGUUCGAGCACUACAUCAACUACCGCAAACACAACAUUCCCCACUUCUGGCCCAAGCUGCUGAUGAAGGUGACGGAUCUGCGCAUGAUCGGGGCCUGCCACGCCAGCCGCUUCCUGCACAUGAAGGUGGAGUGCCCCACCGAGCUCUUCCCCCCGCUCUUCCUCGAGGUCUUCGAGGACCAGGAGGUGUAGGCGCCCGCGCCGCGCUUGCUGCCCGCUCCCCUCCCCGCGGCCCCGGCGGGCGGUGCUGCGCGGGGGGGGGACGAUGCCGCCGCCGCCGAUGCCGCCUCGCGCGCCCGGGCCCCGGCAUCCCCGCGGCCCCCCCUGCGCCGGCCCCCCCCGCGCCGGCACCUCCCUCGCCCCAGGACUUGACGAAUUUUGUUUGUUUGCACAGGGAAGGGCCCCGACGGUCGAGCGUUUCCUUUAUUGUUCUUCUCUUCUUAGAUUAUUAUUUUUUAAGCAUUUAUUUCCCUCCCUGAGAGGCUAAAAUAUUAAACUAACUGCACUUUGGAAGGAGAGAGGAGAGGAGAGAGGAGGACGGGGCUCCGGGGCUGCACAGGGAGAUGCUGCCCGGGCGGCGGGCGCUGCUGCGGCCGCAUGCACUUUUGGCCCGGCGGCAGCGCGCGGGGGGCACGGCGGCGGGGACCGGGCACCCGGGGUGCAGGGGCGCCCGGCUGCCGCGGGGGGCCGGGGCCGGGCGCCCCAGUGUUGCAGCGUGUGGGGUGCCAGGGCGUUGCAGCGUGCCGGGACGCCCCGGGGUUGCACCGUGCCGUUGCAUCGCGCCAGGGCGUUGCACAGUGCCAGGGCGUUGCACUGUGCCGGGGUACCGCGGGGUUGCACCGGGGCGUUGCAUUGUGCCAGGGUGCCGCAGCGUUGCACCGUGCCAUUGCAUCAUGCCGCUGCACCGUGCCGGGGUGUUGCACCGUGCCGGGGUGUUGCACCGUGCCGGGGUGUUGCACUGUGCCAGGGUGUUGCACCGUGCCGUUGCACCGUGCCAGGGCGUUGCACGGUGCCGGGGCACCUCCGGCACUGCCAUGCGUGGGGGGAUGCGGCCCCGUCCCGCGGGGACCGGGACCCCCCCCACGCCGCGUCUCCGCUUCGCCCUCUACCUCUCGGCCGCGCGGUGCUGCCCCGCAAGCCGCUGCGUUUCGGGGCUUUGGUUUCUCUGUCGUUUUUGGGGCUGAGAGGAGGCGAUUUUGUGCCAAGCGCCGGCGGCCGGGGCGCGUCGGGGGCUGCGGGGCCCCGCUGCGGCCGCCCCCCCCAACCCCCCCCAACACACACCUUUUUCCGUUGUUUUUCGUUAUGUUUUUUUUUUUUUUCUUCUCGUCGUCGUCGUUUUAUUUGUUCUGUUUUCCGUCAAAAGUUGCAAUGGCCCCGAGGCGCCGGGCGGGCGGGCGCCCCGGCCGCACUGCACUACUGCCCCGCGCCGGGGGCUGCACCGGGGGGGCUGCACCGGGGGGCUGCCGGGGCCCCGCCGCGCCGUUGUCACCUUUCUCCCCCGAUUUAGGUUUGUGAAUUUUCUUCUUACCUCAGGCGGGCGGCCGAGGGCGGGGGCCGGGCGCGACCGGGCGGGCGAGGAGGCAGGCGGGCAGAGCCGAUCUAAGCUAAUAUAUAUAUAUAUAUAUAUAUACAUGCAUAUAUAUAUAUAUAUAAAAAAUAUCUAUAAAAUAUAUAAUUUUUGUAAUUAAAAAAAAUCUUUUUACGGGUCGUUUAAAAGCAGAAAUCCCAACGUGAAACACUUCCUCGCCUGGCGGCGGCGGCGCUCGCGGCCCCGGGGCCAGUCGGGGGCCGGGGGGGCAUCGCAGGGGCUGCGGGUGGUGGCAGCCGGUGCCGCCGCGGCCUGGGGGGGGGGACGGUGCCCUCGGCUCCCGCGCGGUGCAAAAUGUCUUAAGCUCUCGCCCCGGGCGCCGCGGGCCGUGCACCGGGCAGCACCGUCGCCCGCCCUCGCGCGCAUCCCGGCGCCUCCCCGGCCCGGCGCUCGGUGCUGCACGUGAGCCCCGCGCCAGGCCUUAACACGGUGCCUUGGGGGCUGCGGGGCCGGAGCCGGCAGCGUGCACGAUGCCCGUGCGAUGCGCGUGAUGCCUGUGCAAUGCACGCGCAGUGCCGGUGCAAAGCUGGUGCAGUGCCGGUGCAAUGCGUGUGUAUUGCUGGUGCAGAGCUGGUGCAGUGCCCUGCAAUGUUACUGCAGUGCCGGUGCAGUGCAUGCGCAGUGCCGGUGCAGUGCUGGUGCAAUGCACGUGCAGUGUUGGUGCAGUGCCGGUGCAAUGCACUUGCAGUGCCCGUGCACCGGCUGCGCUCGCGGCUCCGCGGCCGUGCCGGGGCUCGGGGCAGGAGAGCCGUCGCGGGACGUGUCUUAAGCAGCGCACGUGCCCCCGGCCCCCCCCAGGGCAGCGCGGCGCCGUGGGGCGGCUCGUCCCGGGGGGCGCAGCCCGGUCCCCCCCCCGCCGUGUCCCCGCUGGCGUCCCCGCUCGCCCCGCGCUCGUGAGCACGCACUCGCACGCACGCCGCUCGCCCGCGCGCCCGGCGCCGCUCCGUCUCGUCUCGUCUCCGUCUCGCCGUCGCACGUCCAGCGCCGGCCCCGGGGGGGGCCGCCCCGCGCCCCCGGCACAUACCUCAAGGCUCCCGGCGCCGGCUCCCGCCUCGGCGGGGGCCGGGGGUGCGCGGCGCGGCACGGCGCGGGGGGGCCCAGUUCUAUGCAUCGCCCCCGUCCCGCGCGGGGGCCUGGCAGGGAGUCGCUGAAUGUAGCCGGCCGGGGCCGCCGGGGCCCCCACGAGGCCGGGGGGGGCCGGGGGGGGCCGGGGCAGGCGCUGCUGAUUUACGUGACAAUCACAAGUCUGUGACGUGCGAUUUUAAACCCUUUUGUGUUUUGGUCAGGAUUUUAAAGAAAGAUAUUUUUAUGGUAAUUGUUGCUGGUCUAUUUUACUAUAUAUUUAUGUAAUAAAUAUAUGAUGAAAAAAAAAAAACCAAACCCACCCACACA